GAAACUUGCCAUAAGAGGAAAUUAGUCUCAGUCGAGUUCCAGUGAACGGAGGACAGUGCUGCCAUCUUAUUUAUGGUGAUCUAAGGGUUUUUCCUUUUUUUGACAGACUGACAGUUAACAGGCUGAUAACAUGGACCACUGCGGGCAUCAGAUAGAAGAACAGAAUCUGAGGCUAAAGCUGGGGAUGUCUUGACAGCUUCUUUCUAUGAAGGCCUUCGGAAGGCCUUUGGGUUGACCUGCUUAGACUCAGCACCUUUAAACAAAUUCCAGUAGAGGGCAUACUCUGACAACAUACAGACUUUUAAGGUUUGUCACUAAAUUAAUAUUGCUGCUGCUUUGAGGAUAUUUUUCACCUUCAUCAAAGUGAAGUCUUUUUUUAGUAACAAAAUAAUUGUUCUCAAUAUAGUUUUUUGUUUCUUGUUAAAUUGUAUGUUAACACCAGUACCUCAAAGAAGUGUAUGUAAUUGCAAUAAUAGUUUUUAUAUAAAAAAAAAAAAAGGUUUAUGACAAUCAUCACAAACUGAGCCAGAAAUGUAGAAUGUAGAAAAAGCCUUAUGAUGAUUUUAAAUGUAAAACUUUAAACCGUACGUUUAGGCAGGCGGUUAAACCUGAUAUGCUGAGUUAAACAAGGAAGUUGAUGAAGGGAAAAAAAAAACUGAUCUGGUUUGUCUUGUUUUUAGAGGAGGUUUGACUUGCAAAGAGAAUACAGGAAGCACAGUGGUGAAAGGUCAUUUCUGCAUGCCAGCGCUGAACACCGAGGAUUUUAAACAUGCUGAAGAAACUAUUGGCCUGUUUGUCCCUCUUUGUCUUCAUCAGCCUUUUGUUUUAUGCUGUGGUUUUAUUCUACGGUAAAAAUCUUAAUUUUUCAACUGCAGCUGUUCCUCGCAUUGUAUUGAACAGAAACCAGAAUUUCUCCUGGAAGAUUCAGGAUGAUUUACAGGUGACUGAAAUCAGCCAUGAAAUCACAGUGGUGCCAGUCAUCUCAAACAGGACUUUGGAGCCUUGCCCUGAAACCCCACCAAAUCUUGUGGGUCCUCUCCUUGUGGAGUUUAAUACAAAACGGACAUUAGAGGAGGUUACACAGCUGGUUGGUUCUUCACUUCAGCCAGGAGGACGUUAUAAGCCAACUGACUGCAUCUCCCAACACAAGGUAGCGAUCAUCAUCCCAUUCAGAAAUCGACACGAGCACCUCAAUCAUUUGCUCUACUACAUUCAUCCUAUCCUGAUCCGCCAGCAGUUGGAUUAUGGCGUGUAUGUCAUCAACCAGGAAGGGGAAGGAGUGUUCAACAGAGCUAAGCUGAUGAAUGUUGGCUUCCUUGAAGCUCAGAAGGAAUAUGACUAUGAGUGCUUCGUCUUCUCUGACGUUGACCUUGUGCCCCUCGAUGACCGUAAUCUCUACAGGUGUUUUGAUAAUCCAAGGCAUUUGGCUGUUGCUAUGGACAAGUUUAACUUCCAUCUACCCUAUACUACCUACUUCGGUGGGGUCUCCUCGCUGUCCAAGCAACAGUUCUUGAAAAUUAAUGGCUGUCCAAACACUUACUGGGGAUGGGGUGGAGAGGACGACGAUAUUUACAGGCGGGUCGUCUACCGUGGGAUGUCCAUUUCUCGACCGGAUGGUGUGACUGGGAAGUACAAGAUGGUCAGGCAUCAAAGAGACAAACAUAACGAACCUAAUCCAAAGAAUCCUGACAAACUUGCUAAAACUAAACAGACUAUGGAUAAAGACGGACUAAAUUCCCUUAGCUACACAGUUAAGGAGAUCUUAAAAAGACAAUUGUUUACUUUUAUUACUGUGGAUAUUCAAGCACCUGCAAGUUAAUGACAAGACAAGUGGAGAAGCAUAGGGGGAGCUGUAAUAUUGAAGUAUUUGUGAAGCUAUUGUAUUUUAAAUAGCCUUGAUUGGUGAAUGGGGUAGAAUAUAUAAAAAUGUGUAUGCAUAAAUGUGUCCAGGGAUGCCAUAAAAUGAAUGUGUCACAAUUAUUGUGCAAAUUUUGACAUCACUUAGAUUGUUUUUUUUUUAUACAUAUAUAUAUAUAUAUACAGUCUAUAAGAAAAAGCUAGACAUGAAAGCUCAUAAAAAAGUAAACAUUUGAUCGUUUUCAUCUCUGUGAGAAUUGAAGUUAAGCUUAGAUAUCUGUGUGAUGUGUGUAACUGAAGCACUUUAUCUAACAAAGAUAUCAGCAUCAGAAUUUGUUUCUUUUGUUUAGUAGAACUCUGUUGGGAUUUUUUCUUGUGUGUUUUUAGUUUGUCUCUUUACAGUCCUUAUUUUUAUUUAUAGGUCUUGAUUUGAGUUACAAAAUAUAAGUUCAUAAUAAUUAACCAAAGCUUUUUCUUUUGGUGUUGCCUUAUUUUUAGUUUGCUUAUUGAGAAUUAAAUAAAGUGCAGAGAUGGGUGCCUUAGUUAGAGCUAUUGCCUAGAGCAAGUCGGAUAAUUCUUUGGAAAUUCCCUUGUUAUUCAAUAUAUAUUAGGACAAUAUGACUUGAAUUAGAAAUGCUCAUUCUCUGUUACAAGCAGCAUGACCACAAAAAAAAAAAGGCUGUGCUGAUGGAAUCGACUGUAAAUCUACAGAUCACUAUGUAAUCUUAAAGGAUUAAAUUUGACUUUUUUAGGUGAUUGGUUCCUAUAAGAUGUCAUAUUACCAGGAGAUUGUUAUAAAGAUGUCAAAAGUGGUGGAAGAGAGCAAUUUUGUCAGCCAAAAAAAUAUAUUAAUGUACUUUAACUGAUUUGGUGAAUAAACUGAUUGGGAGUCUACUCAUUUAAAAA